AUGAAGCUUUCUAUUGUGAUGUUUGCCACUCUGUCUUCUCUUGUUGCUGCUGGCUGGUGGCCUUCUACUGGGAAUAGUACGGAAAGCGGGGCGACUGGGUCCAGUGGGAACAGCGCUUCCAGUGGAUUUGGUGGAGGGUCAAGUAUCACCUCUAGAAGCUCUGACUCUAGCUCAUUUGGAACUGGUGGAAGGAAUAACUCUUCGAAUGCAGCUGAGUUCUGGGGCUCGAGCUCGGAGAGUAAGAAGAAUGCCGUGGAAGAGGAAGACAACGAAUCAUCGGACACUGAGGGUGGUGGAGAAGGAAAGAAAUCUAACCCUCUCACUGGGGGUAGUCAGGAGGGAUCCGGCUUCUGGGACUCAAACAAGACUAGCGACGAGUAA